AUGCCUGCAGGGACUGAAUACCCUGCGCUUGUCGCCACCGGUAGUACCGUCUUCUACACACAUUCGACGAAUCUAUCGUCCGAAGGUGAAAGCGACUUACGUAUCACAUCGCUUACGUUUCCCCAACUGCAUCUCCGCCUUCCUAACACGAACGACGCUUCUGCACUCCUACGACUCUUCACCGACGAUCGCAAUGUCCAGCACGACAAGUCAUGUGCCGGUCUUGACAGUAGUGACGCCAUUGAGCAUUUGAUCAAGCAAUGGCAGGUCGUCGAUUUACCACUGCAGCGUGCCAACAUCGUUAUCGAGAUAGAUGGGAAGACUGUCGGUACCGGCGGCUUGGGCUGGAUUGGCAUAAGAAAGACUGAUGGCAAGCUGAUUGGUGACGCAGGCUUGAUGUUGGACACAUGUUAUCGUGGCUCAGACUACGGCUAUGAGUCGUUGUGUAUGGCCAUUGAUCAUGGCUUUGCUGUCCUGGGCAUGGAUGAGAUACACAUAGCUUGUGUAGAUGCUAAUACUGCGUUCAAGGGAUUGAUGAACAAGAAGCUCGGAUUUCCGGCUGACGCAAUAGAAGAUAAGUUGUUUGGGAAUGAGUGGAUCUGGCGCAUCACGAAGGACGCAUGGGAAGAUAGUACGCACUCUGCACAAGGACGGCGUAGCGGCGACGGCUCAGGCACCACAACAGUCGGUACUUCCGAGAUACUCAUUGUUAUGAUGUCGAUCAUCACCAUUCUGUCGUGGACGUACAUAUUACUGUCCCCGGCAGCCAUUCCCGGUGGUGCAUUUGGUCCUCCUAAGCUGCGCCCUCUACUCGUCGUAAGAGGCGUUGCGGGUUUCUUCGGUAUCUGGGGCUUCUACAUCUCUCUGCGCUAUCUCGCAUUAGCUGAGGCGACUCUGAUCAACUUCCUCGCGCCAAUUCUCGCAGCUCUUCUCCUCGGCUUAUUACCAGGUCAGCAGCGCUGCUCUGUCGCUCAAAUUCUCGCAGCUCUAAUUGCGGUCAUUGGCGUACUCUGCGUAUUGCAGCCAUGGAGCGCUCAUAUAACGAAUACGCCUAGAGAACAUGCGCUGGCCAUUGGUGCGGCACUUAUCGGUGUCUUCGGCGGCGCAGUCUCUUUCUUAACGAUGUCGUGUCUAGGAGAGCACGUACACCCGAUGACAACGGUUGCAUACUUUGCGCCCAUUUGUACGCUACUCAGCUGGGCAUCACUCAUCAUACAGCAACAAGGCUUGAAUUUCCCAUCUACCGCCGUAGGAUGGCUGUUCGUGUGCGUGUUGGGCAUAUUGGGGUUCGCUAUGCAUUGGCUCCUGGCAGCGAGCUUGAUGACCGGCGAUUCGAAGAGAGCGCUUCACAUAGUAAAUCUGCAGGUGGUGUUCGCUAUGUUAGCGGAUAAGAUUGUAUGGAGACUGGAGCCGGGAUGGUGGAAGUUCGCUGGUGCGGCAUUGAUCGUGGGGAGCGUUAUAUUCGUUGCGGCUGUGAAGGAACCUCAAGGAUACACACUGGUUGGAGAAGUCGAUGAAGAAGAGAAGAUUGAGACUGAAGAUGCCAAUCACUGA